CGGCGGCGCCCCUGAGCUUUGGACAACGUGGGCUGCUGCUGCAUGCCGAUGAUCAUCACCUAUUUAAACACCCGACUCCAUACAUCUCUUUCCGCCAUAAUCUCAUCAAACAAACUACUAAAUAAUCUCAAAGUAAUUAAUUAGCUAUGGAUCUCGCUUCAGUACUCUUCGCACUGUCGGGAGUCCUGUUCCUUCUCUUCCUCUGCAGGCUGGCGGUCAACCCCAGCAACCGCAAAAACAAACCCCUCCAGAUCCCGGAAAUCCCGGGGAGCUUGCCGUUCAUCGGCCACCUCCACCUCCUCGGCGGCAAGGACAUGCUGGCAAGGAAGCUGGCCGCCUUCGCCGACAAGCACGGCAGCAUGUUCACCAUCCGGCUGGGCUCCUACCCCACCGUUGUGGUCAGCGACUUCGAGUCCAUGAAGGACUGCUUCGUGAAAAACGACCGAGCCCUCGCCGCCCGCCCUCCUUCCACUCAGGGCAGGAUCCUCGGGAACAACUUCGCCGUGUUCGGUUUCGCGUCGUACGGCGAGUACUGGCGCAACGUGAAGAAGCUCAUCAUCACCGAGGUCCUCUCCCUCCCCAGGAUCAAGGCCCUCAGGCACGUCCAGGUCUCCGAGGUAGACGUCCUCCUCAGAGACCUGCACCUCCAGUGUAGCAGGAACAACAGCAGCAGCCAGCUGGUUGAUGAUGACCACCACCACGCUGCUGCUGUGGUGGUCAUCAGCGAUUGGCUGCAGAACUUCGUUCUCAACAUCAUCACCCGGAUGGUGGCGGGGAAGAAGUACUUCGACAACCUGGCCGACAGCGUCGGCCAGGUGGCCCAUGGUGGAGGCCGCCCCGUCGGGGAGCUCAUCAGGGAGUUCAUGGACGUGAACGGAUCGCUCGUGCUGUCGGAUUUGAUACCGAUCCUCGGGUGGAUCGACGUCAAGGGGAUGAAGAAGGCCAUGAGGAGGAUUUCAAAAGAACUGGACGUGAUCGUGGACGGUUGGAUCGAAGAGCACAAGGUGAAGAGGAACAAGUUGGGUGAGAACUUGGUCCCCGAGGAUUUCAUCGACGUCAUGCUCUCAGUUGUGGAUGACAACUUCGAUCCUUCGGCCAAGCAUGACAAGGAAACCAUCGUCAAGUCAACCGCUAUGGCGGUGAUAAUUGCGGCGGCGGACACGACAUCGGUGACGUUGACGUGGAUGCUGUCGAACCUCCUGAACAACCGGCGAGCCAUGGCGGCGCUGAAGCAGGAGAUGGACGAGAAAGUAGGAAAAGACAGAAUCGUCCAGGACUCCGACCUCGAGAACCUCACCUACCUCCACGCCGUGAUACGUGAAACGCUGCGUAUGCACCCGGCGGGGCCCAUCUCGGUGCCGCGCGUGGCGUCGGAGGACAUCACCAUCCGCGGCUACCACGUGCCGAAGGGGACGCGCUUCUUCGCCAACUUCUGGAAGCUUCACCGGAACCCGGAGAUGUUCCCCGAGCCGGACGAGUUCAGGCCGGAGAGGUUCCACGACAAGGAGGUCAAAGUGGACAUCUACGGCCGGGACUUCGAGUACCUGCCGUUCGGCACCGGGCGGCGGUCGUGCCCCGGGAUGAACUUCGGGAUGCAGGUGGUGCAGCUGACGGCGGCGAGGCUGAUCCAGGCGUUUGACUUUGGGACGCCGUUUGACCUGCCGGUGGACAUGACGGAGGCGGACAGCACCACGCUCGCCAAGGAGAAGCCGCUGGAAGUCGUGCUGACUCCGCGCCUCUCUCCGGAGCUUUACCAGCUGCCUGUGAUUGUUUAAUGAACAUUAAAGUUAAUUAUCUUAUCCAGUCGCCGCCGCCGCCGCCAGCCAGCCGGAUAGCCUAUUAAUCAUACUUUAAUUAAUUUAUUCAUAAUGUAAUAACAGAGAUCUUGUGUCCUCUCGAAUGCGUUAAAUAUGGAAUUACGGGGAAUAAAUAUGACUUGUUUGUUUGUUUUUUAAGAUGAUUUAUAAAGAGACUACGACAUUUCGGUUCAUUUGUCUUCAGGAUAUUAUCCUAAUGAACAUUUCGUUUUUAG